GGUGGGGGAGAUGAUGGGAGGACCAGAGAGAGAGAGAGAGAGAGAGAGAGAGAGAGAGAGAGAGAGAGAGAGAGAGAGAGAGAGGAGCCGAGCAAUGCCUGCACCAAAGAUAACACAAAGGAAAAAGACACAGGAAUUACGCACCGGGUGAAUUACAAUGAUAACGCGCUCAGUCAGGAGAUGAACAGAAACCCAGAGAAGUGUGUGCAGAACUCCAGAUUAUGAUGUCCUCCCCUGGAAUGGGCACGCCCAGCGACCCCCUCUUAGCCAGCCCGGGGCGAGACGGCUUGAGGGCAGCCCAAGGUGAAACAUGGAGGCCGACCCUUCCAAAAACCUGCAGCUUCCCAAUGUCUACCACACGCCAUCUCAGCCACAGAGCCAACAGCUUCCAGAGGCAUCCAAAACGGCGAAAGCUCAUCCGUCCGUCUCCGCCCCCUCCACCCAACACUCCUUGCCCUCUGGAGCAGCUGGACCUCAGCGAUCUGCCUCCACGCCGCACUUUUCCCGAGCUCCUCUUCAACGGCUGCAUCCUGUUCGGCAUCGAGUUCAGCUAUGCCAUGGAGACGGCCUACGUGACGCCCUUGCUGCUUCAGAUGGGUCUGCCUGAUCAGUUCUACAGCCUCGUCUGGUUCAUCAGCCCCAUAUUAGGAUUCCUGCUUCAGCCGAUCCUCGGAGCUUGGAGUGACAGGUGUACAUCACGCUUCGGCCGCCGGAGGCCUUUUAUUCUCGCCUUGGCCAUCGGGGCUCUGCUUGGUCUAACGCUGGUGCUAAAUGGGCGGGACAUGGGAUCUGCACUGGCAGACACUCACAAGUGGGGCAUCGUGCUUACUGUGUGCGGCGUGGUCCUGAUGGACUUCAGUGCAGACUCAGCAGAUAAUCCCAGCCAUGCCUACAUGAUGGACGUGUGCAGUCCGGAGGACCAGGACAGAGGUCUCAACAUCCACGCACUUCUGGCAGGUCUGGGUGGUGGAUUCGGCUACAUCGUGGGUGGGGUGAACUGGGACCACACUGAGUUUGGCAAGUCAAUGGGAGGUCAGCUUCGAGUCAUCUACCUGUUCACCAGCAUAACCCUUGUAAUCACUACAGCUUUGACACUUACAAGCAUCCCUGAGCGUCCUCUUCUCCCGUCUCAAAAAAGGAGCUCAAAACAUUUAAAGAGCCCCGUUUUACCUCUGCCACCUUCUCCACCUCCACCAGCUGGAUCCCUACAGGAGGAGGAGGAGGAGGAAGGUCUCUACAGCUAUCAGUUCUCUGGGUGUAGGUACCUGAAUGGUAUAGGACACUCGUGUAGUGCCAACGCGAGGCUCUGUGCAGGUCUCACCAGCCCCAUCUCCCCUCUCAGCCCCAUCUCCCCUCUCAGCCCCAUCUCCCCUCUCAGCCCUCUCACACCUAAAUACGGCAGCUUUAUCAGCCGAGACAACACGCUGACGGACAUUAACGAGUUUGCGUCGUCCUUGGGAACGUCAUACAUAGAUAGUGUGCUGAUUGACUGCUACACUGGACAGCACAUGCCCCAACCGUUGAAGCCAGAGACCAUGACUCCAUGCCUUCCUAUGGGAGAAACUCCUCCUGCUCAGGUGUCUCAGCUGGUAGAGGAACCGUCUCCAGCUGCCAACUCUCAGGAAAGGGAAUUAUCUCAACCCAAUGGAGAUCUGCAGGAAGCGGAAAGAUUAGAGGCUAUUGAUGAAGUUCAAGCCAGUGAAUGUUUGGAGUUGAAUGAAGCAUCUGAGCUCAGCGAGGUACCUCAGGAAGGCAGCGGAUUAACACGAGGAAGCAGCACCUCAGGGAUCCUGAAACGCCCUCAGAGCCUGGCCUUAAUGGACGACACACUGAUCGGCCCCAGCAACGGCCUGGAGAACGGCCGCAGACGCACCGUUACCUUCAGCCAACAAGUCGCCAACAUCCUCCUGAAUGGUGUGCAGUAUGACAGUAAGCUCAGUGACAACGCCGAGGCUCCAGACACUCAGAUGUCUCUCAAGCUGCUCUGCAUCGCCAUCUACAGGAUGCCCCCUUCCCUUCGCAGCCUGUGCACCAACCACUUCCUGGGCUGGCUGUCCUUCGAAGGGAUGCUGCUUUUCUACACGGAUUUCAUGGGCGAGGUUGUGUUUGGGGGUGACCCCAAGGCACCGAACAAGUCUGAGGCCUACCAGCGCUACAACGCCGGGGUCAGCAUGGGCUGCUGGGGCAUGUGCAUCUAUGCAUUCAGUGCUGCUUUCUACUCAGCCAUCCUGGAGAAGCUGGAGGAACGUUUCUCUCUGCGUUCUCUGUAUUUUUUUGCCUACCUGGCGUUCGGCUUGGGCACAGGUCUGGCCACGCUCUCCACCAACCUGUACGUGGUGUUGUCUCUUUGUGUCACCUAUGGAGUCCUGUUCUCUUCGCUCUGCACGCUGCCUUAUUCGCUACUAUGUGAAUAUUAUCAGAGUCCACAGUUCUGCGGCUCCACAGAGGACGGCACCAGGAGGGGCAUGGGCGUGGACAUCUCUCUUCUCAGCUGCCAGUACUUCCUGGCCCAGAUCCUGGUCUCUGUGGCUAUGGGACCUCUGACCUCGUUGGUGGGUGGGGCUCAGGGUGUGAUGUACUUUUCGAGCCUCAUGUCUUUUGUGGGCUGCCUGUACUCCUCGCUGUGUGUGGUGUACCAGCUGCCACCUCCGGAGGGUGAGCACUCACAGAGUGAGAGCCAACCACUACUGGUGCACAUAUAAAUUCACACACAUACACACAUACACACACACACACAGGCCUGUAAACCUACAUACACAUGAUUUUUUUAGACAGCAUUAAUCACUGGCAUCAUGUCUCGCAUCAUUCUAGAAACGUUCUUUUUUGUAAACUUUUUAUUACCCAAGGCAUGUUCGAUUCCCUUUCCAUAAACUAAGUGUGUUUACAUGCACAACACUAAUCUGAUCGAAUUAUCUGAUUUAUUCAGGUAGUUAGGUAAAUGGUACACAAUUGCGCAUAUGUGAUCUCAAUUUUUAACUGACACCUGAACAUGUAACCAGUCCAAUUCUUCUUAAAACAUAGUAGACCCCAAGUUAAAUAAAUAUGCUGCAGGAUGUUUGAAUUGAAUUAUUGACUUUGCUAAAGUUCACAAAUAAAUCACUUGAAAAAUCAUGGCAUGUUACAGAUGACUCACAAAGAAUAACUUCGUAGAGUGACGUCGUUCGAAACCGAUGCGAUGUUUUACGGUUUGAUCUUAAGUCCAGAUCUCCGAGAGACUCCCGUAAAAGUCCAACUAAAGCUAAACCUUAAUAUAACAGAAAUAACAUUGCACAUUUUACAUUGGAUUCAGAUCAAACAUAAAACCAACUUGGUUCUAUUGUCAUGGUUUUGAGAUAAUCUUCUUCUUCUGCUGGAAACAGAUUUAGGCUCAUGUUCCCUAGAUGUACGGUAUUAAAGUGACCUUUGUGGUUACUAAACCAUUUUUUAGUAGUUUUCCAUAAAAACUCAUUCGUUAUGACAAGCACGUUGUUUUUGCUCAUACAAAUGACAUCAUUCUCUGUAGAAGUUGUCAUUAUACACAAACACACAAUCAGUCAGGGCCCCAGUUUUCCCAUGACCACAUUACUUCAUAACACAGGAGAUUCAUUUAAAGCAAACAAUCGAAAAAAGUAAAUAAAUAAAAAAUGAUUUUUUUUUUAAACAAUACACUAGAUCCUUUUUCCUAAGGUGCCUUCAAAAUUGUGGAUAUAAACCUAUGCAUUUAAAGUUACAGUAAAAAAUCAGAUUUUUUAUUUUUUUGCAGAUCAGUUUUUUCUCAGCAUCAGAUUACUUUGCACAUGUAAACAUUCUUACUCUACGUCUCAUGGUAUAGAAAGACGAAGCCCACGAGCAUCCACAUGUAUCACAGAUUUCACAACCUUGUCUUUCUUCUAACGAUUGCGUUUAACUAAAACAUCAAGAACAUCGGAGAUAUGUGAGAGCCUCUGAGUUCAUUCUGAGCCGAACGUUGGUACGGGCUCAAUUUUUUUUUCCGUUUUGGACUGCAGGAAACAGUUAACUGUCUAAAUCCAAAGAUGUUUAAUAAAAGGCGAUGAUAAAACAGAAACCACUCUCACAUAUCAAGAUGCGGCGAUACGCUCAGUAUCUGUGGACUGACUGCAGAUGUCAGGUGUAUAUGUGCAUGAGAAGCAGCACUGAUGCCUCGCUCUACGUUCACACUAGCAGGUACUUCGCUUUUAGUUCACUAGCUAUAGUACGUUCAUGCACCAGAGGCACCGACUUCCUUCCGAGCUUUAAUAUUUCUUUCGUAGCGUCUAGUCACGUUUAGUGUGAAUUUGUAUACAAAAAGUAAAAGAAACCAUGGUGCCAUUUUUUUUGUCUCAAACUGUAAACACGAAUUAAAGCAGAAAUGGUUUGAGGGAUCAUUCGAGCGAGCUCGAUUGUUGAAAAGCCUAAUUUAAUUUAAUUCGUUGGCUGCUGAAAUAACUCGUCCAGAGAAACCCUUUUAUCUGUCAUUUGCUUGGGUGAACGUAGGGUUCCUUCAGACCUCUGUUUCUGCCUGUGACAGUAAAACAGAAUGUAUCUACAGAAUGUCUUAGUUUGCAUACACUAGCAUUAGGCUUACUAUACUGUAUAUAUUAAACACAUCACUCCAAAUGCAUGUUUCUGAGACUCCACUGGACACUUCACAGUCGGAUACACGGCACAGACGUGCUUCUUAUCUCCUGCUCGGCUGAGCGUUUGAGUUGACUGCAUGCACUCAUAGAAACUUGCAUUUAGGGAAAAAAAAAAAAAAACAUCCUCAGAGCACUCAGGGAUGGUCACAAACAUUUCACACUACCAAUGGUGUGUUUUUUUUUAUUUUAAAAAACACUCUUCCGCCUGCUGCCAUGUGAUCUGGCAUGAUGGCUGUAAUGGUGACAGUGGUUCUUGUCAUUAUCAGGCAGAGCGGAUGUUGAGACUGGAGUGUGAGCGACUACAGCUCAGCUGUAAUGGAGAAGUACCCACUACAGAAGAGAAGAGCCAGCCAAAAUCUACUUUCCCCCCCCCCACUAGACUUGGCCACCAGGCAACAGAUCAGGAAGACACAUUAGGAACUAACAGUGGACUCAACAUAAGACUGAAAAAGUACAUCUUCUCGUGCCACUAGAGGGCAGAAGUACGGAUUUUUCAAUGCAAGCAACAAAAUGUCGAUUUUUAAUUUCCAAAUCUCAACAUCUUUGGCGGGGAAAAGAAGAAAAUAUAUAAAAUAAAUCUGAACAAAAGACAAGCCAAAAUGUAAAUAAAACUUAACGUUGUAUAUUUUUUUCCCGCAGUUUAUAUAAACAUGUUCAAAAACAACAAUUGAGCCCCUAGAGUCAGGAAAUGUUAAAAUGAACCUCAACUCAUUUGAGGAAACCAGCUAUUAAAAAUAGAAAUGUUGCAAGCUUAUAGUCUACAGCACCGACGCGCUGAAUGAGAACACAAACCUUGAAACAGGCUUUAAAAAAAAAAAAAAAAAAAAAAAAGGAACAGUUAAAAAGACGAGUGAUUUUAUUUAUACGCCUGAACCAGAAUAUACAAAGCAGUGGUCAAAAGCAACCAAAACACAAAACACCAGUGUCAGCAUGUUGACCGUUUCCCAUCCUGCACUGCCCAUACUCCUAUUACCCCCCCCUCCUGCAAAAUAACAAAAGUAAAAUAAAAAAUAACCUGUACAUACGGACGUGGAAAGUUACAAACCUUCUGGAAUGCAUAUGAAACAAAAGACCAAAAACCUUAAGGUUUAAGAGGGGUUAAUUAACAUAAGCUAGUCAGGAAAGGACAAAGUUAUCUUUUCUUCUCAACUCUCACAAUGUAAGGAGACCCAUUCAUGGACACCAUCUGUUCUGUUAACAGAUAAGCCAAAGCAAGGGAUUAACUACUAGCAGCAGAAAACAACCAGGAUUAAAAUGUUGUCCAUUAGCCCCUGCUUAAAACUUUUAUCUUUGGCCUUAAGUGAAUCUGACAAACAUCAGAACAUGGGGGAAAAAAAAAAAGUUAUUUGUUACAAUAUAUACGGCGACUUGUAGGUUUUUAUCGGUGCGUAUCUGCUGGUCAAAAAAAACAAAAAAAAAAACAA